UGCCAAGGCAACAGCUGUCCUUUUACAAACCUGAGUAAUAGUUACACGACAAAAAGCGUAGCUUGAAAUUAUCCUUUCACUAAAUUUACGCAGUGGCAUUGAGUAAGCGUAUGAAUCUCUUUCUUACUUGCUCCAAAUGCUAUUUUGUUUUUAUACAUUUUAAGGUGAAACUAGUAGGAGAAAAUGGCAGGAGAGAAAUGCGUGUUUGAGCAGGCUUUUUCUUUCAGUCCUCUUCCCACUAAGAGCUUCUCUUUCCAGCAGGAUAAGGACACUCUGACGCUGUUGAUGAAAUGGUGACGUCCAUGCUGGGGAGGCUUUCAGCUCAGACUUACAGCUUUGACAGUAACUUCCACCCUUACAGCUGUGAAACGUUUGCUUUGCAUUUCUUCAAAGACCCUGAGGUGAUUCCCAGUCUAAGAAAUAUGAAGGCCAGAGUCUGGGUGCCUCUUGAUAACCCGGUAGUGUCUGUCAGUGUAGAGCUUGUGCCCUGUACUAAGAUCUCCAUGGAGUUGUUUGAUCCAAUCUACUCUUGCGGCAUCCUGAGACCCUCUGGUCAUGUAGUUAAAUGCAUUCAUGAUAUCUACCCUGACUACGAUGAACUUCGACAGAUGUUGCAAGAAGUGGACUUUGAGCACUACUAUGCUGUUGGGAAGAUGGAGCGGGAAGAGUUUUUGUUUUGCCUCUUCAAGCACCUGUGUCUUGGCGGAGAGCUCUGCCAGUAUGAGGACACCAUUGAUCCCUACAUCAGCACCACAAAGAAAAUAUACAAAGACCUGAUAAGUGUGCAAAAGGAUGCAGAAACAAAGAAGAUCAGCGUGCUGUCCACCGUGCUCAAAGUCAGUGCCUAUGAUGAGUCUGGGCUAUGUUUUCCUGGAACUCGAGAGGAGGACCAGACAUUUGCCUAUUUGAUUGUGGAUCCUGUAAAGCGAAAUGUGACUUUGUUUUACCACAUCUACGGAGUGGGAAACUUCACACUUUAAGAGCUAGAAGAGGAAGACGAGUCCAAAGGUUUCACCAGCUUAAGAAUUAAAUAUUGUUUGGUCCAAUGAAACUGCUUCCAGGUUAGACUCUCUGCCUUUUUUCCCCAUUUAUGACUACAAGUAGUAUUUUCAAAUUCUAGUUUUGGCUAUUAUAGAAUGAGGCCAUACAGUGCCUUGCAAAAUUAUUGGCAUCCUUCCAGUUCCUCAGCCAGAAAUUUGAAAAAUGGCUGCAGGCCCUUAAUAAGCACAAUAGGAAUGCGUGCUCAACAUAACAUUUUUUUUUAUAUAUUUUUUUUUAAGUGUACUAACCUGUCAGUGACUACUUGACUAAGAAUAAAAAUAACUUCUAUUAGAAAAA